AUGGCGGGCCGCAGAGGCUCGCUCAGCCCCUACUGCCUCUUCGUCCGCGACCAGCUGCCCGAGCUGCAGCGGCGCGGCCUGCCCGUCAGCCGCGUGGUUGAUGCCAUCCCCUACUGCUCCCAGGCGUGGGCGUUAUUGACUAAGGAAGAAAAGGGGGUGUAUACAGAGAAGGUUCGUAAGUGGAAUGAAAGGAAACGCUCUCAGAAGGCAGUAGAAGAGAUGUGUAAUCUGGCUCAUCCGGUUCCUUCUUGUGUGACCACAGAGAUGCCCAGUGUUACUUCUUUUCCAGAUGCCUCCUCUAUGUCUUGGGAGAAUGAUCAGGCUGUGGUCACAGACAUCUUCUACUUCAUGAACAUUUACAGCCAUGGCAAGCUGCCAUCCCACUGUGAACAGCGCUUCCUUCCUUGUGAGAUCGGGUGCGUCAGGUACUCCCUACAGGAUGGUAUAAUGGCUGAUUUCCACCACUUCAUAGAUCCAGAAGUACCACCACGUGGUUUUCGGUACCACUGCCAGGCUGCUAGUGAUGCCACUCAUAAGAUCCCUGUAUCUGGAUUUCAUCUUUCACGUACUUGUUACACAGUUGUCUUACGGGAACUUCUUGAGUUUGCCCAGCCAGCCAGAGGUGUUUGGCCUCACUUUUACUGCAGGUCUAAUGACAGAUUCAGAAUUAACUGGUGUCUCAAUCGGAUGGCUAGCCUCACAGGCAUUGAGAGCCGUCUGGAGCUUCUUACUGUAGAAGACUUGCUAACAAAACUGUACCAGAAGAAAUACCAAAAGAUGCCAUCCAAGAAUUGGGUGUAUGGAGAACUGGACGUCUUUCUGUGGAAUUUCUCCAGUAAUACCAGAUGCAAGUGGCAUGAAGAGAAUGAUAUACUCUGGUGUGCUUUGGCAUCCUGUAAGAAAAUUGCUUACUGCAUCAGUAAAUCUUUAGCUAGUAUGUAUGGAGUCUCACUGACAGCAGCUCACAUGCCCCUUCAAGACUGUGAUUAUGGUGAAAGUGGAAAUACCAAGAUGGUGAUGCUGGAUGCUGGAUGUUUUCAGGAGGUGGAGGCUGAGGGUUCUGGAUGCGACAGACAUUUUGCUUCUCCAAGUCAGGAUCAAGAGUUUUCUUCUAACUGUGAUUCUCCACGUGGUGUGAAGACUUCCCUUUAUGGAAUGAGUACCGCAUGAGGAAGAGGAAUUACUUGAUUGCUGAAAAGUGCGUCUGAUCUAUCAGAGUCUUUCAAUAUUUGACAACCUUUUCUACAUCCAGGACAUCUGUACAUUCUAAUUUUCCUUGUUUCCCUAAGAUAACUGGCAGUUUCUCCAGACUGCAGUUUUUCAUCUUAUGUGCAACCCUUGACAGUUCAAGUUCUUGUUAGAAUGCUAAAGCUAUCGAUUGGAUUUAAAGAAGACAAAAAUCUUUAUUUACUGUAAGACUUAUUUUGAAGGGACCUGAUGGUUGUGUGCUCUCUUUAUAAAUGCAUGCUAUGCUAGUUCUGUUUCUUAAUGCAUGGAGUCCAAAUUCAGGAUCGCUUAGUCAAGAUCAUUGGAUUAGAAGAAUUUUUUAGUGGCCAGUGUGACUUUAAACAAGUGCUUUAUUUCUCCUUUAAUAACCUCCUUCCCCUUUUCUGCAUGUGGAAGAUAAAAUUUCAGUGUAUAAUAGUCUCUCCCCCAAAAUGAUGGGGGUGAGCAUUGAAAGUAUGAAGGGUUGCACUAGGGGAAUUAAAGGUAUAACCAUCUCCAAAGGUUUGCUAUAAUUUCAGUUCUAGCCAUGAAGAAUUUGAGUGGUCAUUCAAAGCCAAAAGCCAGACUUUUCUGUGAAAUGUCUUGGAAGAAAUGUGGGAAACUUACCCAUCUAUUAAUGUUCUUUUAGAGGCACAGGCUAUAUAAAUCAGGAACAGUUACAACAUAAUUUUUUUUUCCUUUGCAUCAGUUUUCUGUUUAAAAAAAUAUAUGUCCCUCAAACUUACAGAGUGCAGAGGAGUGUAGGUGUUUUGGGUUGGUUUUUUGGGUGUUUUUUUUGAGAGGACUAUCAAACUCAAAGUGAUAUAUUAAUCUGCAGAUCUAAUUUUACAAGUUUAGUCACAUUGGGGAGAUAGCAGUAAUAAUUAUUUGAGGGCAUGUAAAAACUGGGAGACUGAUGUAUCACUAUGAAGUUAGAUAGACCUCCAUAAAAUGGAACAAGCCUUACACUAGUCCCCAAAAAGGUGUUUUCUGAGCCUUGUCCAUGUGUCUUUAAGCAACUGAUUCCCAGAAGUAAGAGCUUAUCUGAGUUGUUUCUACAUUUUGUUCCAACAAGAUGUCCAGUUGUGAAAUACUAUUUCCAUAGCAACUAACUGUGAGAAGAUAUUUAUUUCAUUCCUUGUAGGAACUGAAACUCAAAAUGAGGUAGUUCAUUCUUUUGGCUAACAAGAAGAAAAAACCCAGACCCAAAACCCAAUCAAAAUAAGAGGGCAGCAUGUUUAUGAACAAACUCAAUCAUGCUGACCAGUUUGUCAGAAAAGGCCAAUUGCUGGUUUAGUUGGAAACGUGUUACAGUUGCUGCAAGGCCAGUUGGAGCCCUUCUUCCAGUAUUGCAGGUUCACUGAACCAUUUUGACGCCUGUUACCUAACAGUUUGCCUAUAUCACUGAAUUUUCUUAAAUUAUUUUCUAUUUCCUUUCUUUGACGCUGUUCUAUGUGCUAAAUUUCACCAGAUAAGGGACAAUAAACCUCUAAGACUGAGAUUUAGCUGUGAAGCAUUGGGUAUGUUGUAAUGGAAUAAAUGUGUCUAUUUAGUAGUGGUAAAGGCUUCUCUGCAUUGGAAUAGUUGUUUGAGUUUAAAGUUUCUUAACUGACAGUCAUUGCUGCAUUGACAUUUCAAAACAUACGGAACUGUAAUCUUUGAAUUAUUUUCAGAGGUCAUUGUUGCAACAAAAGUUUUGUGUUUCAGUUCUUAUAAAGAGAAUUCAUUAUUAUUAAAAUACUUAUUCAGUAUCAGUGUAAAUACACAAACCUUAAAAGGAUUUGUUGCUAUGCUUGAAGUAUUGUAUUGCUUUAAGACCGAGGUAAAGUGUCUGAGUAGAAAUGGAGAAAUACAGAGUUAGGGUUCCGUGGCAUGUCUGCUUCAUCACCUGUAACUUAAAAUAUACAUAAGCUGUAGAAGACCUAGUUAUAUGCUGUAGGCAGGGGGCUGUUAACUAGGGUAGUAACUGUGUUACUGGAAUAAGCAACAGCCUGUGGCGUGGUUUGUAGUGAAAACUGUAACAUCUAUAUAAUGAGAAUGAGUAUGCUAACCUGAUGUAGCCCCUUUGAUACUGUUAUUCUGCAUGUAUUGAGGGAGAUCGCUAACAGCUGUUGGAGGGUGAUAGAAAAUUCUUUCCUUUUGGAGCUCUGUUCUGCAAUUUGAAACUCCUGAUUUCUUAAAAAAUAAAUUCCAUUUAAUAAGCACAAUAAAGUAAUGCUUCUCUUUAAUGGAAGAGUAAAGAUGAGGGAAAGACAGUGACUUAAAACCAUAACACAAUUUUUAAGUGCAAGGAAUAGUACUGGUAAGGCACAAACUAUGGGUCAAAAUUGGAACAAAAUUCUUCCUGUUGCACGACAAAAUUCUCAAGGGGAAAUAAAACCAAACGAAGGCAGAAUGGCUCUUGAGCAGAGUUGGAGUGAUGCAGCUUGGGAGCUUUCCACAUGGUAAAGAGUAACAUACCUUAAUCCUGCCUGCAUAUGGGUGUAUAGGUACCAUGCAAAUUGAACUGACUGAAGAGUGGUUUCUGUAAAGCAGGCAUCUCAAAUUCUGGCAGACCUGACUUUCUGUCCUCCUGUUAGUGCAGCUUUCUGUCCUUUGUC